CAGAGCCGAAGAUGAGAGCGGAUUGGCGGAUUCUGUUCUGGCGCGCGUGCAGCACCAGUUUCCCGCUGCUGUGGAUCUCUUUGGCUUUGAACGUGGAGGAGGUUUCGGGUUCGCCGCCGGGCAUCCCUCUGUCAGUUGUAAAGCUCUGGGCUUCAGCAUUUGGUGGAGAAAUUAAAUCCAUUUCUGCAAAAUAUUCUGGAUCCCAACUGCUGCAGAAGGAGCUGUGGGCUGCCACAGCACAGCGCCCGGGGAUCAACUCCAGCUCCGAGGCCAGUCCCCCAGUCAGGGGUAAAAGCAGGAUAACCUCUAAGACCUCGCCCGCAUGUCCGGGACUGUGGGAGGAUUUCGAACCCCCCGGAGGAAACCCCCGCAAACAUGGGCUGAACAUACAAACUCCACUCAGAAAGCGGCUCCAGGGACCCAACCCGAGUCCUACCUGCUUUGAGAAAUAUAAAGAAUUUGAAAAAUCUGUCAAAGUGGAAGAAAUCGAUGGUGCAAAGCUGGUCAAGAAUCUGGCUGUGAAGCUGGAAGAAAUGUUUCGGAAAAAAGCAGAAGCCACAAGUCGACUGGUGGAGGCAGCAGAGGAAGCACACCAUCAGCAUGAAGAUGAUCCCGACCUGCAGUAUGAGUACUUCAACGCGGUGUUGAUCAAUGAAGUGGACGAGGAGGGAAAUAAUGUGGAGCUGGGAGGAGAGUUCAUCCUGGAGCCCAAUGACCAUUUCAACAACCUGUCCGUCAACGUCAGCCUCAGCGUGGUGCAGGUGCCCACCAACAUGUACAACAAAGAUCCUGACAUAGUGAAUGGGGUGUACUGGUCUGAAGCGCUCAAUAAAGUGUUUGUGGAUAAUUUUGAGAGAGACCCCACACUGAUCUGGCAAUACUUUGGGAGUGCAAAAGGCUUCUUCAGACAGUACCCUGGGGUGAAGUGGCAUCCUGAUGAACACGGUGUCAUUGGUUUUGACUGCAGAAACAGGAAGUGGUACAUCCAGGCAGCGACGUCUCCAAAGGAUGUGGUUAUCUUAGUCGACGUUAGUGGAAGCAUGAAAGGGCUGAGACUGACCAUCGCGAGGCAGACCGUCUCCUCCAUAUUAGACACACUGGGAGACGACGACUUCUUCAAUAUCAUUGCAUACAAUCAGGAGAUCCACUAUGUGGAGCCAUGUCUGAACGGCACACUUGUCCGCGCUGACAGAACCAAUAAAGACCACUUCAGAGAACAUCUGGACAAGCUGUUUGCCAAAGGCAUUGGGCUACUGGGUGAAGCUUUGACUGAAGCAUUUCUGAUUCUGAGUGAAUUCAACCAGACUGGACAUGGCAGUGUGUGCAGCCAGGCCAUUAUGCUGGUGACUGACGGGGCCACUGAAAUGUAUGAUGAUGUUUUCGAAAAGUACAACUGGCCGGAAAGAAAAGUACGUAUAUUCCCUUACCUGAUUGGACGAGAGUCUGCGUUUGCUGAUAAUCUCAAAUGGAUGGCUUGUGCGAACAAAGGAUAUUUUAGUCAGAUCUCCACCUUAGCUGAUGUUCAGGAGAAUGUGAUGAGGUAUCUUCACGUGAUGAGCCGCCCAAAAGUUAUCGACCAUGAGCACGACACAGUGUGGACUGAAGCUUACGUGGACAGUGCACUUACACAGGCUUAUAAGAUGAAUGACAAAGCAGGGCCCAGUCUGAUGACCACAGUAGCCAUGCCUGUCUUCAGCACAAAGAAUGAAACCAAGAAUCAGGGUAUUCUGUUGGGGGUGGUAGGAACAGACAUCCCUCUGCAGGAGCUGAUGAAGCUCAUUCCCAAACAUAUGUUAGGAAUCCAUGGCUAUGCCUUUGCCAUUACAAACAAUGGCUAUAUCCUGAUCCAUCCGGACCUCAGACCACUGUACCAGGAGGGUCAGAAGAGGAGAAAGCCCAACUACAGCAGUGUGGAUCUGUCUGAGGUGGAGUGGGAGGACAAAGAUGAUAUUCUCCGCAAUGCUAUGGUAAACAGGAGGACAGGAACAUUCUCUAUGGAAGUGAAGAAGACGGUGGAUAAAGGGCGGCGCGUCCUGAAGAUGCACAAUGACUAUUACUACACUGACAUCAAAGGAACUCCAUUCAGUGUCGGAGUUGCUCUCUCCAGAGGCCAUGGCAAGUACUUCUUCAGAGGAAAUGUAUCAGUGGAAGCAGGGCUCCGUGAUCUGGAACAACCAGAUGUCGCUCUGGCAGAUGAAUGGACUUACUGCAACACAGAGGAGCAGCAUGAGCAUCGUCACCUCACCCAGAUUCAGGCCAUCAAGCUGUUCUUGACUGGCCGUAGACCCCACCUCAAAUGUGACAGGGAGCUCAUCCAAGAGGUGUUAUUUGAUGCUGUGGUCACUGCUCCUCUGGAGGCCUAUUGGACUGGACUGGCUCUCAACAAAUCAGAGAACUCAGACAAAGGAGUAGAGAUCGCCUUCCUGGGAACGCGCACCGGUCUGUCGAGAAUCCACCUGUUCGUAGCCGCUGAUCAACUUUCCAAUCAAGAUUUUCUGACAGCAGAGGACAAGGAAGGUGUGUUUAAUGCUGAUCACUUCCCUCUGUGGUACAAGAGAGCAGCAGAGCAGGUCCCUGGCACGUUUGUCUACUCCAUCCCGUUCAGCACAGCUUUAGAAAAUAAAAGUGUGGUUUUAGCCAGCACGGCAAUCCAGCUCCUCGAUGACAGAAAGUCACCGAUUGUUGCUGCUGUAGGGAUCCAGAUGAAGCUUGAAUUCUUUCAGAGAAAGUUCUGGACCGCUUGCAGACAGUGUACAGCUCUGGAUGGAAAAUGCAGCAUUAGUUGUGACAAUGAGGGCAUUAACUGUUACCUGAUUGACAACAACGGCUUCAUUCUUGUCACAGAGGACCAAGCUCAGACAGGGCUCUUUUUUGGAGAAGUGGAAGGUGCAGUUAUGAACAAACUUCUUCAAAUGGGCUCCUUCAAAAGGAUCACACUGUACGACUACCAGGCGCUUUGCAAAGAGUACACGGGCAGCAGCGACAGUGCACGCAUGCUGUCAGACCCUUUCUCUGCUGUUAAGUGGCUCCUGACUGAACUUGUCAUUUUUCUUCUGGAGUUUAACCUGUACAGCUGGUGGAAUGUCGAUCUUUCUGCAAAAGCCCAACGACCUCGAGGUAAAACAACGAUGGUACCAUGUGACACAGAAUACCCCGCCUUUGUCUCUGAGCGCACCAUAAAAGAAACAACUGGCAACAUUGACUGUGGCAGCUGUGUCCAAUCGUUUGUCAUACAGCAGAUUCCCAGCAGUAACCUCUUCAUGGUGGUCGUGGACAAUAGGUGUGACUGCAGCAACGCUCCAGCUGUAACCAUGGAUCCCAUUGAGAUCAUGUACAACGAGUCACUAAAAUGUGACAGGCUGAAGUUUCAGAAGGACAGGAAGAAGCCUGAAUCAUGUCAUCCUUUCCACCCUGAGGAAAAUGCCAUGGAGUGUGGAUCAGCGACACGUCUCUGCAGUCCGCUAACGGCAGCUCUGCUUCCUCUGAUAGCAGCGACCAUCAGCAGGUGACCCAAAGCUCUGCACCCAAGCAGAGACAGAACCAAACCAGAGAUCAACGUGGACAAACAGCCAAGACACUUACUGACAUAGAAACCACAGCCAGUCCAAAAAUAAGCUGCUUCAACCUCUGAAACUCUGCAACAGGCAAAACUCCAUUUUAGCACUAAGACCCAUGUCAUUAAUGCAGAAAAAAAAAAUACAAUUAAAUGCAGU